AUCACUCACAUACCAUAUUAUUACUUGUGAGAUUGUCUCGCCUUUGUUGAGCAUGUUAUCCAUUAUACAAAGUGAGCUUACAUGAUCUUUUACAUUUCAAAGUCUUAUAAUUUACAGAGCGAAAAGCUUAUGGUUAAGUUUCGCUACAUGAAUAUUUUGUUAGUGUAAUUAUCUUUCAAUCGCGAGUUUGCUCAAUAAGCAAUGAAAUAUGAAUAGAAUUCAUUGAACAGCAUUUAGAAUAUCAUUGACAUUGUGAUCUUGACAAGUUUAACAAUAAUUGAAGCAUAAACAGACGCGUGUGCAUACUAAAAAUCCACUUUGAACUCUGCCAUUCAUAAUUGAAAUUGAAUUGCCUAACUUGUUACUUAAAAUAGUAUUAAGUUAUUUAAAUUCAUUUUACAAUCAUGAAAGGCCAAUGCACUAAACUUUUCGCUCUCGACGCCACUCAUUGAGCUUGCCUAUGUGAAUUUGUAGUUCAGUUGAGUAUUGCGCGACUUUUGAAAUGGUGAAUAAAUUGCUGCUGUCACUUUCUGUGUUCGUCUUCUUGUCUCCCGUUUGGGGAGCCAAUAUUCUGGGAUUAUUCAGCACCUUUAGUCCAUCGCAUUUGCUUGUACACAUGUCGAUCAUGAAAUCACUGGCAGAUCAAGGACAUAAUGUAACAAUAGUGACAAAUUGUAAACCCAAACUAGCGCCACAUGACAACAUUACAUUAAUCUUGGCGCCAGCAAGUGAAGAACGCAUGAGAGGAGUGAAUGAGUUUGUAGAGAACUCAAUGAAAAGGAAGUCACACUUCAUUCAAGCCAUCUUUAAUACAUUAACAUUGAUCUACAGUAUCUUGGGCAUACAGUAUGACUUUGUGCUGCAUUCUCAAGUAAAAGAUAUUUAUGAAAAUCCCCAUGUUAAUUAUGAUCUCUUGGUGCUCGGCUAUUUAUUCAAUGACUUUCAAUUGGGCAUUGCUGCGAAGCUGCAAGUACCGGCAAUCCUUAGUUGGGUUGGCUUACCUCUAGCAUUUGUCGACGAUACCGUUGGCAACGUCUACGAUCCUUCCUAUGUGCCCAUCGUCAGCUUUGUAACAGAAACAACAACGCAAUCAACAGGGCUAUGGUGGCGUAUGCACAACCUUUUUAGCUGGACAAUGUUGAAGAUUUUUAGCAUUGGCAACGACUUUGUUAUGACGUUCUUGUACAAACACGCUUUUGGCAAUGAUUCAAGUAUGAUCAGCUAUGAUGAGGCAAAGGAAAAAGUCUCCCUGCUCUUCUACAAUUAUCAUUCGCAAAGCGAAGGUCCUGUGCGUCCCACAGUGCCGCAGUCCAUUGAGAUUGGAGGAAUACAGAUCAAGGAACAGCCUGAUUCCUUGCCCCAAGAGCUUGCAUACUUUCUGGACAACGCUACUGACGGAGCGAUCUUCUUUAGCCUAGGCACCAAUAUCAAGCUCACAUUCUUCGAGCCUCAACUCCUAGAAACCAUCUACCAAGUGCUGUCCCACCAGCACCUUCGUGUCAUCUGGAAGUGGGAUGACCAGGUGCCUAAGCCAGGCAACGCAUCCAACAUAUACUUUCACAACUGGCUGCCCCAGGAUGACAUUCUCGCUCAUCCCAACACCAAGCUCUUUAUCACACACGCUGGCAAAGGAGGCGUGGCUGAGGCCCAGUACCAUGGAGUACCAAUGCUGGCGUUGCCGGUCUUUGCUGAUCAGCCUGGCAACGCACAGCUAAUGAUGGCAUCAGGCUUUGGAAUCAGUAUGGAUCUGCUUACGCUCAACAAGGAGAGUCUGGAGAAGGGCAUUCAAGAGGUGCUCAAUAAUCCCGUAUAUCGCAAUAAUGUCCGCAAGUUCUCAGAUCUCUAUCGGGAUCGACCGCUGACAGCUCGCCAAUCUGUGAUCUAUUGGACGGAGUAUGUGAUGCGUCAUAAAGGAGCUUACCAUCUGCGGAGUCCUAUUGUAAAACUUAGCUUUAUGGCACGAUACAAUCUCGAUGUUUAUGCCAUUCUUCUGCUCAUCUUCGUCUGUUCGAUGAUCAUAUUCGUAUUUCUGCUACGAUUUAUAGUCAACACAAUCCUAUUGAAAACGCAAUUCAAGACCAAAAUUAACUAAUUGUCACUUUGAUACGCGUUAUACAUACAUAUAUACAACGACGAUUAUACAUACAUAUAUGCUAAACAUCAUUUUCAAUUCUCACGCUGAAUAUUAAUAAAAAGUUUGUGCUGAUUGUUACUUUCAGUCUCCGCUCCCUGCAAUGUGCAGCAC